AAAUACAAAAUGCAAAAACUGAUGCUCCUUCCUAUAAACUGACUCUACAAUUUACUCAUUUCUUUAUCUAUAUAUAUAAUAUGUCAAACACAUAACAAAACAUCCACAAUUUCUAGUGAGAGAGCAGAGAAAUGAAAUCCCUAAUUCUGAAAAAAAAAACUAGGGAUUUUUAAUCACUCUGUUGCUAGCUUCAACAAUUGAAAUCAACAUAAGAUCCUACUGAUUAUUACUGUUAGUAUGAUUGUUAAGCUGCUCUGUUUUUAUUGAAUUUUUUUAGGUCAGUAGAAGAACAAAAUUGAAAAAAAAAAAUAUAGAAAGAAACUGGGUAAAUUAAGAGAUUGUUUGUUGCGGUGGUUUUGUUCAGAUUGGGUGCUGCAUUUGUGUCGUUUUGACAGCGGUUACUCUAACAAAAUGGACAAUAUGGACAUCGAUUCACCCCCUGAAGAACACACUGCUGUUAUUUCUACUGCUACCUCUCUCAAGCCUCGUGAUCGUGUUUUACGGAGGCUAGUUCAGCUUGGUGUUGGUAAGGAGUAUUUACAGAAGCGGUAUGCUGGUAUAGUAGAUUUUCUCAUGAAUAAUUCACCCACUCGGACACACGAGUUGGUUAUUGCGGUUUUACCGCAUGACGACGAAGUGGCCGAGGUUAUGAAGGAGAAUGAGCUAGGUGGAUCGAAGAAAGCGUCAUCUUCGUCGCAGAGUCCGACUAUGAAGCAGUAUUACAGGGAAUGUAUGGUUUGGCUACAGUGGAUGAUGUUUUUGGGUGAGCCUUCUCUUGCUUUGAAAAAGCUUUCGAAAAUGAGUGCUGAACGGGGUGUUUGUGGCGCUGUUUGGGGGAAUAAUGAUAUAGCGUAUAGAUGUCGGACGUGUGAACAUGACCCUACGUGUGCUAUUUGUGUUACUUGUUUUCAGAAUGGGAACCAUGCUGACCAUGAUUAUUCUAUUAUUUAUACUGGCGGUGGAUGUUGCGAUUGCGGGGAUGUUACGGCAUGGAAACGGGAGGGCUUUUGCACGAAACAUAAAGGUGCUGAACAGAUACAGCCCCUUCCGGAGGAGUAUUCCAAUUCGGUUGGGCCUGUUCUUGAUGCUUUAUUUGUGUGUUGGAAAGUAAAGCUUGCAUCUGCAGAAAUUAUCCGCCGUGAUAAUCCUAGAGCAAGUGAUCGUGCGGUAUUGCGAAAAAAGGCCGCAAAUGAGCUGACAUUUGUCGUUGUUGAGAUGCUGCUUGAGUUCUGCAAGCACAGUGAAAGUUUGCUUAGUUUUGUUUCUAAGAAGGUGAUCUCUGUAAUUGGUCUACUAGAGAUUCUUGUGAGGGCAGAGAGGUUCUUGAGUGAAGGUGUUUCAAAGAAACUUAAUGAGAUACUUCUGAAGUUAUUGGGAGAACCAAUCUUCAAGUACGAGUUUGGAAAAGUAUUUUUGAGUUAUUACCCUUUUGUUGUACAUGAAGCAAUUAAAGAAGGCACUGAUUCUGUCAAAAAGUAUCCACUGCUAUCUACAUUCUCCGUGCAGAUCCUCACUGUUCCCACUUUAACCCCACGACUAGUGAAGGAGAUGAACCUACUUUCCAUGCUAUUAGGAUGUAUGAGAGAUUUAUUCGUUCAUUGUGCUGGGGAAGAUGGAAGUUUACAGGUUACCAAGUGGGGUAGUUUGUAUGAGACAACUAUGCGUGUUGUUGAAGAUAUUCGAUUUGUUAUGAGCCAUGCUGUUAUGCUCAAUUAUGUAACACGUGAACAACGGGAAAUUUUGAAAACUUGGAUGAGACUUCUGUCUUAUUUACAAGGAGCAAGUCCCCUAAAGAGAGAGAAGGGUAUCCACAUUGAGGAGGACAAUGAGAAUAUAAAUUUUCUUUUUGUUUUAGAUCAUUCUGUUGCAAAUAUUCAUUCUCUUUUGGUAGGUGGAGCAUUUUCUACUGGUGAAGAAACUGGUGAUGAAUUUUGUUUGGGUGCAAGUAAACAGGAUGUGAACGAGGAAGAUAGCAUGAGACAUGCAAAAGUAGGACGCCUAUCUCAGGAAAGCUCAGUAUCUGGUGUCCCAGGGAGGAGCAAUUCAGCUACUUCUCCAAUGCAGGUUGCUGAAGUUACAUCAGAUUCCUGUCAACCUUUGGUUCCUUUAUCUGUUACAUGGUUAAUAUAUGAGUGCUUGAGGGCCAUUGACCGUUGGAUAGGCGCUAAUCAUAUAACUGGGGGUCUAUCAUCUGCGGAUACCAGCACUUCGAGUAGCAGCAUUUUAGCUUUGAAGAGAACCUUCCUUAACUUCAGGAAAGGUAAAUCUAUUUUCAGUGGAUUCACCAGUUCAGAGGAAGGCCAAAAUAGGCAGCUUUCUCCAUCUACAGAUAGUAAUUUAUGCAUGAGUACAGAUGUAGAAAUUACUGAUAGUGUACAGGAUUACAAAAGAUUGGUCUCUGGUAAGAUGGAUAAUGAUAAAUCUGAUGAGUGCUUGACUGAAGGAAACAGUUCCACAGAAUCAGAGAUGUUACGCAUUUUGGGUUCAUCUGAUUGGCCAAAUAUAGUUUAUGAUGUUAGUUCAGAGGACGUGUCUGUUCACAUUCCUUUACACAGGUUACUUUCAUCGCUUUUACAAAAAGCAUUAAAAAGGUGUUACAGUGAAUCUGAAGUGCUCUGUACAACUGAUGCUACCACAUUUACUUCAUUAUCUUCAACCUAUGAUGAUUUCUUUGGAAGUCUACUUGGUGGUUGUCACCCUUGUGGGUUUUCUGCAUUUAUUAUGGAGCAUCCUUUACGUAAUAGAGUGUUUUGUGCUGAGGUUCAUGCUGGAAUGUGGAGGAAGAAUGGUGAUGUUGCCAUUUUGUCUUUGGAAUGGUACCGUUCAGUACGAUGGUCUGAACAGGGUUUGGAACUGGAUCUUUUUCUUCUGCAAUGCUGUGCUGCAUUGGCUCCAGCUGAUCUUUAUGUCAACAGAAUUCUGGAACGCUUUGGGCUAGCAGAUUACCUCUCUUUGAACACUGAGAAAUCCAGCGAUUAUGAAGCAGUUUUGUUAGAGGAAAUGCUUACUCUUAUUAUUCAAAUUAUCCAAGAAAGGCGAUUUUCUGGGUCAACUGCUGAUGAAAACUUGAAAAGAGAGUUAAUUCAUAAGUUGUCCAUCGGAGAUGCCACUCGUAGUCAGUUGGUGAAGUCUUUGCCUCGUGAUCUCUCAAAGUAUGACGGUUUUCAGGAAAUUUUGGAUACAGUUGCUUCGUAUUCUAAUCCAUCUGGCUUCAAUCAGGGAAUGUAUUCUUUACGUUGGAUGUACUGGAAAGAGCUGGAUCUUUACCACCCUCGUUGGAACUCAAGGGAAUUACAAGUUGCAGAAGAAAGAUACAUGCGCUAUUGUAAUGUCUCAUCAUUGACUACUCAGCUCCCUAGGUGGAAAGAGAUUCAUCCUCCUCUUAGGGGUUUAGCUAGAAUAGCCACUUGUGAAGUGGUUGUAAAAAUCGUCCGUGCUGUGUUAUUUUAUUCUGUUUUCUCAGCUAAAUUGACUGAAACACGUGCUCCUGAUAGUGUUCUUAUAAUGGCAUUGCAUCUGCUCUCGUUGGGUUUAGACAUUUGUCGGCAGUUGAGAAAACGUGGGGAAAUGCUAUUGUCCAGUGAUGAUUCUUUGCCCCUGCUUGCUUUUGCUGUUGAAGAGAUUUACGAGGGACUAAGUUAUAGUACUGGUGAACAGAGCCUGCUUUCACUUCUUGUAUUGCUGAUGAGAAUACACAAGAGAGAGAACUUGGACAAUUUUUCAGAAUCAGAUGGCUGUAAUAUUUCUUCUUUGAUUGAAAGUUUGCUGAAAAUUUUUGCUGAGUUAGAUUCUGGAUGCAUGGCAAAGUUGGAGCUACUUGCUCCUGAAGUCAUAAUUCAUCUGUCUCAACGAAGUCCUAAUAAUGAUGCAAAGUUUGUGGGGUCAGCUUCUGAUGGUGAGAAACGCAAGGAGAAAGCCCGAGAGAGGCAAGCUGCUAUUUUGGCAAAAAUGAAAGCUGAGCAAUCAAAAUUUCUGUCAAGUAUUAAUUCUACUGCGGAUGAUUCUUCAGAAUUAGAAGUUGAAGAAAGCAAAAAUGAUGAUGGACAGGAUAUAGAAGAGUCUGCCCAAGAUGUUUGUUCCCUUUGUCAUGAUCCCAAGUCCAAAAAUCCUGUGGCAUUCUUGAUUCUUCUUCAGAAAUCAAGGCUUUUGAGCUUAACUCAAGGAGGUACCCCAUCUUGGAAUCAAACUUUACUGUCAGACAAGGAACAAGUCUCUCAAACUAAGAAGAAAGGAAUUAAGCUGGCUGCAAUAAACUCGUAUUCAAGUGGUUUGGAAGAGAAUUCAUCUAAUGAAUUAUCACAUCUAGUUCAGAAUGCAGUCAAUGAAUUUGCUGAUUAUGCCCAACCUGGGGAAAUUAUAAAUUUCCUUGACUUUAUGAGAGCUCAGUUUCCAUCAUUGAGGAAUAUUCAAAUUCCUAGGCCAUUCAAGGAUGGAAACGAUAGAGCUGCAUGUACCUUUGAGACCUUAGAACAAGACUUGUAUAGUUCCAUUAGGAAAGAAAUGAACGAUAAUACAAUAGCUUCUAGUUGCAGACUUGACGAUAUGAAAUUUUCAGCAAAUGAAGGCUAUCUAGAAAGCAACAGGCGUGGUGGUAAUUCUGUAUUGCUUGGAAAAUAUAUAGCUGCCUUUUCAAGAGAGAUAACAGAGCAUCCCUCAUCUUCUGACAAUUCCCUUGAUGAUAUUAUAAGCAUAGAACCUACACUGCAGGUUUCUACAUAUGAAAACUUUGGGCCAACUGAUUGUGAUGGGGUUUACCUAUGUUCCUGUGGACAUGCUGUACAUCAGGGAUGCCUUGAUCGAUAUUUAUCUUCAUUGAAGGAAAGGUAUUCUAGAAGACUUGUUUUUGAAGGAGGGCAUAUUGUUGACCCAGAUCAGGGUGAAUUUCUCUGCCCUGUAUGUCGUAGACUGGUCAAUUCUGUCUUGCCAUCAUUGCCUGGUGAUUUUCAGAAGGUUUGGAAGGAGCCCAUGAUUUCAAAAGUUAGUUCAGAAGAUUCUGUUGGAAAUAUAGCUGCAUUAAGUGAUGGAAGUAAUUCUCUUCGGUUGCCACAAGCAUUGUCUCUCUUGCAAUCUGCUGCAAACAUGGUUGAGAAAGGGGACAUCUGGAAAACCUUUCCUCUGCACAGAAAUGAAAGAGAGAAGCAAAAUCUCGUUUCAGUAUCUCGUGUGCUCUUUAAAAUGUAUUAUCCAACUAAGCCGGAUAAAUUCUCAAGAUCCACCAGGGCAAAUCUUUUCAUGAUUAUGUGGGACACACUUAAAUAUUCCCUUAGCUCUAUGGAGAUUGCUGCACGCAGUAACAGGACUAAUUUGGGUCCAAAUUAUAGUGAUGGUGCAUUGAACAGGGAACUUAGAUCUUCAAGUGGAUUUGUGCUAUCACUGUUGCUAAAGAUCGUGCAUAGUUUGAGAAGUAAGAGUUCUCUUCACGUGCUUCAGAGAUUUAGGGGCAUUCAGCUGUUAGCAAGGUCUAUUUGUUCAGGAGAAUCCACAGAACAUCCGAGUAGCCCUAGUGGACGUGAAGGUGAUCUAUCGACCAUCUUGAGAAAGGUUGAGAAAGAAGUACCAUCUCCUGACAUACAGUUUUGGAACCAAGCAGCUGAUCCUAUCCUUAUUCAUGAUGCUUUCUCAUCAUUGAUGUGGGUUAUCUUUUGUCUACCUGGCCCUUUUUUGUCAUGUGAGGAAUCUUUGUUGUCUCUUGUGCGUAUCUUCUACAUUGUCUCCAUAGUCCAGGCUAUCCUUUCUUCUUUUAACUCACAUCAAAGCAUUAAUAGGGAAACAAGCUUCCAUGAUUGCCUAAUUACUGACAUUUCUAAAGUCUUGGAAGAAUCUGGAUGGAUCCAGCAGUAUUUUGUUUCAAAGUGUAUUAAUCCUAAUUGUGAUACUAUGGAUUUAAUUCGAAGAAUGAGCUUACCUUACUUGAGGAGAUGUGCAUUACUUUGGAAAUUAUUAAGCACUUCUGUCUCAGAACCAUUCUGCAGUAGGGAUGAUGAGAUGAAUGCAUCAUCUGUUCCCCUUAAUGCCUCAGAGGACGCCAUGGAUGCUCAUAUACUUGAGCUCAAAGAAGUUCAGAAUCUAGAAAUGUUUUUCAAGAUUCCACCACUGGAUGAUGUUGUCAAGGAUCAAGCAGUACGAUCUAUAGCUAUGAAAUGGUUACACCACUUUGAGAAGGAAUAUAAAGUUUUUAGAUCUACGCAUGUUUUGUAUUCUACUCCUGCAGUUCCAUUCAGAUUGAUGCAGCUUCCUCAUGUAUAUCAGGAUCUGAUUGAGAGGUACAUAAAACAACGCUGUAUUGGUUGCAAGGCUGUUUUUGAAGAGCCUGCUCUGUGUCUGUUGUGUGGUAGAUUAUGCUCCCCACGCUGGAAACCAUGCUGCAGGGAAAGUGCAUGUCAAACUCAUGCUAUGGGGUGCGGUGCUGGCAUUGGUGUUUAUUUGUCGAUCAAGAGAACUACAAUUCUGCUACAAAGAUGUGCUCGUCAGGCUCCAUGGCCAUCUCCCUACUUGGAUGCAUUUGGUGAAGAGGAUAUUGAGAUGCACAGAGGAAAGCCUCUGUAUCUGAAUGAGGAGCGUUAUGCUGCUUUGACAUACAUGGUUGCUUCUCAUGGUCUUGAUCGCAGCUCUAAAGUUCUUGGACAAACUACUCUUGGCUCUUUUUUCAUUGUGUAGCUUGGAAAUUCUUGGGUAUAUACCUUCUGAUCCAAUCUGUGUUAAAGAAAUUCACAUAGUUGCCAAGAUAGCCAAAUUGUCCAUGCCUGCGGAAGAGCCAAACUAGUUCAGAAUCUUAGAGACUUAGACCGAGGGUAUUGUUAAUGUUGAAAAAACUGUACGUACAGAAAUUUUGCAGGUGGUUUGGCUCAUCCUCUCUACGAGUUAGAGGAGUCGUAUCCUUGGCUCGGAUUUUCCAUGCUUCUGUAUACAGUCAUAGUGCAUUAAAAGGCGCUUCAGUCAUUUUUACCUGAUAGCAGUUUCUCACCUCAAUUGUGAUGUCGGUAGAUGGUGAGCUCUACUUGACUUGUAUAGCUAUAUCAUAUAUGUUAAAAUAUGCGGAAAGAAUAGCUGAUAGUGCAGUCUUAUCGUCUCCUUUAAAUUUCAUUUUUUCCUUUCAAAUGUUUCUCCUUUUGUUAAUGAUACUCGGGCGGCUGGUUUCUUUUGCUGGUGGUGAUAGGGUGGAUAAUCGGUAAUCUGUAAUGUAAAUGCUGUAUAUAGUAGCUGUUAUGAUUCUUCAUGUCUCUGUCUUUGAAUGUCUUCCCAUUUAUUUUUAGCUCCUUUUUGGGGACGUUAAUCCGGCUUAAAGUUUGAGCUGUUGUCUUA